AAUUCUUUGGUCCUGCGGGAUUGUAAUGGCUUGUAGUUGAUGUUUUACUUGUCAGUUCCGAGAACACAAGAUAAUCUACAUGCGGUAUGCUGGGCUAUUUUUCUCGCUCUGUGUUGAUAUGACGGACAACGAGUUGGCUUAUUUGGAGUGCAUUCACUUGUUUGUGGAGAUACUGGAUCACUUCUUUAGUAAUGUCUGCGAGUUAGAUUUGGUUUUUAACUUUCACAAGGUAUAUCUAAUCUUAGAUGAAUUCGUUCUUGCUGGGGAGCUCCAAGAAACAAGUAAGAAGGCUAUCAUAGAGAGGUUGAAUGAAUUGGAGAAGUUAGAGUAAAGAUUGAUGAUCUAUAAUGGCCAACCUUCAUCCAUAUUCCAAAUGCCUUCUCAAUGCACAUGCUUUGGGAGCUUUAGCAGAGGUUGCUGGACCUGGUCUUGAUGCCC